UUUCCUUCUCUCUUUCAGUCCUUUCGUGGAUCCUCCUGGAAGCAGGUUCACAAGCAGAUUCAUCUCUACCGAGACCCAGGCUGUCCUCGUCUCUCUCAAGCAACUUUAUUAUUAAAGGAGAAGAGAUUCCCUUGAAUUGCUCCCUCCCUGAGGGGGUCGAAUCAGGGAGUCCUGAGGGACCUCAUAGAAUAAGGUUCUAUUUCUUCUGUAAGGAUCAAUCCUAUAAAACAAUUGAAGAUGAACAUCUCUCUAACAAUACCUUCAACCUCAGGACUGAAUAUCUGAGCUCGGGCCAAAUAAAGAUAAUAUGUAUAUGCAAAUUCAAGGAAAAAUAUUGGAGACAGCCUUAUUCUCCCGAAAGUAACCAGCUGGUCUUCUCAGUGGUUGAUGUCCUCCCUUCCCCGCUGCUGAAAGUGGAUCCAUUGAACCAGAGGGUAAAGGAAGGUGACCCCUUGGUCUUCUUCUGUUCAAUGGAAGGAGGCUCGGCCGAGAAGAGGUUCCAUUUCUACAAGGAUGGAGUGGAGAUCACCUCCAGUGAAGAAGGUCUUCUGGAACCUUCCAGUGAGUCCACAAACCCUCUUCAAAAUGCCUAUCUGAGAAUUCCUCAUGCCUCGUUCAACCACAGUGGGGAAUUUGCCUGCAGUUAUGAAGAGAAGAGAAGCAACCGAUGGGUCACGUCUUCUUGGAGCCGGGGGAAGAAGGUCACAGUUGAGCCAGUUGGUACCCAAGAUUCAGAUCUUGUAUGGAGAUAUUCCUGGAUGGCGAUUCCUCUCAUAAUCCUGCUGGUUCCAUUUGCCUUUUAUUGCUGGAGGAAGAAGAGCACACCAGUAUCCCAGGAACGAUUUCAGCUCAGGGAAAAGAAAGAGGAAAGAAAUGAUCUUGCAGUGAUGGAGCCUCAAGCAGCAACAGCAGCGACUUCCUCACCUGUCAAGGACUCUGAGGUCUCCUACAGCUGCAUCCAGAAUUUCUUCAUUCCGUCUCCUCCUGGACCAACAAGGAAGAAUUGUCUAACACAAGGGGAACAAGAGGGGAUUUUGUACAGCGAUAUUGUGUUUCCACCCAAAAGGAGACAGCAAAAUCACCCCUGAUUGCAGCAAAAUGUGUCUCUCUUGGUGCAGUCUCUCAUACGGCCUAAACAUGGACGUCACCCUUGAAGAGUUGAUGAGGUGCAGCUGAGCUUCAAUUUAGGGCGGAAGAGAAAAUCCAUGAAAUAGAGGAAAAUCCUGAGCAUAAUCUUAUUCUGUGAGAUUGUCAGGGAAUUGCACAGCUGG